ACGGAUCGACUGCUUAAGCUCGGGAGUUUUGAGGAUAAAACUCAUGACAUAUCAACAAAGUUGUCAAACGUUACAAGUAGUCAAAUAUCAUCCGGAAAUAGCCCACCAGUCCACUAUAACAACGCAUCAGGAUUGCUUGCCGAUCUCCUCAAGGAUUACGAUAUCAGGUUGCGUCCAGGAUUUGGAGGUGACGCUUUAGUAUUGACUAUGGAUAUUAUUAUUGCUUCAUUCGAUUCGAUGUCGGAAGUCAAUAUGGAUUAUACAGUAACGAUGUAUUUGCACCAGUAUUGGCGUGAUGAAAGGUUGUCGUGGUCACCGCAAUUCGAUAUCGACGAUAUGACACUAUCCGGCGAAUUCUCUCAACACAUUUGGGUACCAGAUACGUUUUUGGCCAACGAUAAGCAAUCUUUUUUGCACGAUGUAACCGAGAAGAAUAAAAUGAUACGACUGACAAGAGAAGGACGAGUUGCGUACGGUAUGAGAUUCACGUCAACUCUUGCCUGUCACAUGGAUUUGCGUAACUACCCACUUGAUUCACAAAAUUGCACUGUCGAAAUCGAGAGUUACGGCUAUACCACCUCAGAAGUGCUGAUGAAAUGGAAUCAUCCGCUAGCCGUUCACGGCGUCGAUAGAGCUGAUGUGCCUCAAUUCAUAAUUCUUGGAUUUCAGACAGAAGAUAGCAUUGUUAGAACGGCCACAGGUGCGUACCAGAGGUUAUCAUUAGUAUUUCAACUGAAGCGAAGUGUUGGGUAUUUCAUCUUUCAAACAUACUUGCCUUGUAUUCUUAUUGUGAUGUUAUCAUGGGUUAGUUUUUGGAUCAAUCAUGAAGCAACAUCGGCCAGAGUCGCACUCGGCAUAACAACAGUCCUUACAAUGACAACAAUAAGCACUGGUGUUCGUCAGUCAUUACCUCGCAUAAGCUACGUGAAGAGUAUCGAUAUUUAUCUGGUGAUGUGUUUUGUGUUCGUGUUCGCCGCAUUACUCGAAUAUGCAGCCGUCAAUUAUUCGUAUUGGGGUGGUCGUGCAAGGCAACACGAGAUAGCCGAAUGGCCCGUGAACGGCAGCAGGAAGACGUAUCGUGACAAAGAGGAUACCGAAGGAGCGGUCAAUAUCAGAGACUGGGGAGUACCACGCUCACUGAUUGAGGUAUCUAUUCAAUCUUUUCUAGACACAGAGACGGAUGAUAGCGAAGAAACGAUAUCCAAGCAGUUGUCAAGACCAGUUAUUCAUGAAGAACUAUCCUCAUCACCAAUACCCUCACUACGAACAACAAAACGCACGUCCGAGCCUGAUACACCAGUUUAUCCACGCUGCAGUGUGCCGCAACAAUCUAACCACAGCCGAAUGCGAUUACGACCUAACAGUAGCAGGCCGAAGCGUCGCUACAUCGCAGUCGGCAAACCGCGGAGCCAAAGUCUAAAGAUGAGCAUUCAUCAUUUCAGUCAGAAGGCACGCGCCGCAUUUCCAUCGUUUCAUGUCCAUGAUGUGAAUGUUAUCGAUAAAAAUUCACGUGUCAUCUUCCCAGUGUCCUUCAUUCUGUUCAAGUCGGUUUUGCCAUAG